AUGGGCAAAACAUAUUUCCUCGCGCCCGACUUUUGGUUGUACCCCGCAGCCCACGGCGACAAUCCAGCGGCCAUCCAUCUCGACCAACUAGUGUAUUCCUCAGUCAAUGAACCAGGAUUUACCACUAGCACUAUCCCACCGCUCUCCAUGGACGCCUAUGAUAUUAUUCCUGAAGUCAAUAUGUACUCAUCACUGGGACAACACGACAACGCGAUGGCGUCCCUGUUUGGUAAGUUAUUCUCCAAGGCGGUAUCACUCGUCGGCGGAGAGUGGAAGGUUGAGGUAUAG